GAGCCACGCUCUCUCACCGACACGCUCAUAGCUACAUGAAAGAUUCGCUAAGUACGGACGCCCCGAGGGACCAAUCCCAAAGAUGCGCCGACUGCUCAGUCCCCUGAGACAUGAGAUCCCCGUCAUAUUCCCACACCCGCAGAUCAGUGCAGCCCUGUCCCCGCCCGAAAAUAGAAACCACCGUCCGACUCCUGCCUGCGCGCCGCUAUUUAUCCCUUUCCUUCCGCGUUCUCUGCCCUUAGACUCCGCCCACCACACCCCCUGCGGAUGGUACGUCCCACUGUCAGUCUCAUAAAUAGCAGCGCAGAGGAGUCGGAGGACAGUGGCCCUUCUUGCACUCGUUGCGUUAAAUAUUCAGAGCCAUGGAGGGAAUAUGCGGCGGAACCGGGGCUCAGAAGGUGGCGGAUGCUGAAGUGCAGGAAAUCUGUGACAAGGUGAAGGCUGAGUUCCUGGAGAAGUCUGGGGUCAAUACAUCUCUGUUCAAAGCAGUCUCCUACAAGACUCAGCAAGUGGCCGGGACCAAUUACUUUAUUAAGGUGAACAUUGGCGAUGAUAAGUGUGUCCAUAUACGGGUGUAUAGGAUUGUGGGUGAGCAGAUGGAGGCGCUCCGCUUCGACUCAUUCCUACUGGACAAGACCAUGGAGGAGGAGAUUGUUUAUUUCUAACCCUUUGUGUGACCAUCUGCCCUUGCUCUGUCUGCCCUCUUCCACCCGGCAACAGCCUUAACUGUCAUUUUAUAUUGGCAAUUUCCUUUUUAUAUAAACCUCUUGAAUGAA